CGGACACCCAGGGCGGCGGCGGCGGUCUGCGGGGCCGCAGCGCCCUCCCAGGGCUCCUCUUAAAGGGGCCGCGCUCCCGGUCUCCGAGCGACGGGGGGAAGGCGGCUGCAGCGAAGCCGGGGGGGCUCGAACGCUCCGCCAUGGCCUUCUGGGUGCAGCUGACUCUGCUGCUUUGGAAGAAUUUCACUUAUCGUCGGAGACAACCAAUCCAGCUCCUCGUGGAGUUGCUUUGGCCGCUCUUUCUUUUCUUCAUCCUGGUGGCCGUCCGCCACUCCCACCCCCCCUUUGAGCACCAUGAAUGCCACUUCCCCAACAAGCCCCUGCCAUCGGCUGGCACCGCGGCCUGGCUGCAGGGCCUCGUCUGCACCCUGAACAACACUUGCUUCCCGCAGCCGACCCCCGGCGAGGGGCCUGGCGUCCUGAGCAACUUCAACGACUCCCUGGUCUCCCGGCUUCUGGCCGACACCCGCGCUGUCUUGGGGGCACCCAGUGCCCACAGGGUGCUGGCUGGCCUGAGGAAGCUGAUGCCCAUGCUGAGAGCUGCCCGCAGGACAGCCCGGCCUCAGGAGGGACCGUCCCUGGCCGCUGAGGUGCUGCGGAAGCUGAUUCAAGGGGACUCUGUGCAGUCUGCACUGGGCCAAGCCGGGGUGUCUGUGGGCAGCUUUGUGGAGGCUGCACAGGACCUGGCUCAAGAGCUCCUGGGGCGGCCCAGCCUGGCCGAGCUGCGGACACUGCUGCAGGGACUGGGGAGGACACGCAGCCCCCUAGAGGCAACGUUGGAGGCCCUGUGCGGAGCCAGGGGCCCCGACGGCCCGGGAGCGCCGUCCCUCAACUGGUACGAGGACAGCGAGCUGAGGGAGUUCAUGGGGCAGGAGACUGCGCGGGCCCAGCGGGACAGCAGCCUGAGCCCCGCCUGCGCUGGGCUGAUGGGAGCCCUGCACGCCCACCCGCUGUCCCACCUGCUCUGGAGACGCCUGAAACCGCUGGUCAACGGGAAGGUCCUGUUCGCCCCCGACACGCCCUUCACCCGGCAGGUCAUGGCCCAGGUGAACCAGACCUUUGAGGAGCUGGCCCUGCUGAAGGACAUCCAGGAUGUGUGGGAGACACUGGGACCCCAGAUCUUCAAGUUCAUGAACGACAGUGCAAAUAUGGCCAUGCUGCAGCGGCUCCUGCAGAUGCAGGACAAAGGAACGAGGCAGCCAGGACCCACAGGUCAGGCCCCGGCAGAGGCCCUUCGCGCCUUCCUGGACCCCGGCGCCAGCGGCUACAGCUGGCGGGAGGCCCACGCCGAUGUGGGGCGCCUGGUGGGCGCGCUGGGCCGCGUGAUGGAGUGCGUGUCCCUGGACAAGCUGGAGGCGGCGCCCUCGGAGGCGGCGCUGGGGGCGCGGGCCUUGCAGCUGCUGGCCGAGCGCCGCUUCUGGGCUGGCUUCGUCUUCUUGGGGCCCGAGGACCCCCCGGACCCCCCCGAGCACCCGGCCCCGAGCCUCGGCCCUGGCCACGUGCGCGUCAAGAUCCGCAUGGACAUCGACGAUGUCACCAAGACCAAUAAAAUCAGGGACAGGUUUUGGGACCCCGGCCCUGCCGCCGACCCCCUGACCGACCUGCGCUACGUGUGGGGCGGCUUCGUGUAUCUGCAGGACCUGCUGGAGCGCGCAGUCGUGCGCGUGCUCAGCGGCGACGCCCCCCGCGCGGGUCUCUACUUGCAGCAGAUGCCCUACCCCUGCUACGUGGACGACGUAUUCCUGCGCGUGCUGAGCCGGUCGCUGCCGCUCUUUCUGACGCUGGCCUGGAUCUACUCGGUGGCGCUGACAGUCAAGGCGGUGGUGCGUGAGAAGGAGACGCGGCUGCGCGACACCAUGCGCGCCAUGGGGCUGGGCCGCGGCGUGCUCUGGCUCGGCUGGACCCUCAGCUGCCUCGGGCCCUUCCUUCUCAGCGCCGCGCUGCUCGUGCUGGUGCUCAAGCUCGGGGACAUCCUCCCCUACAGUCACCCGGCCGUGGUCUUCGUGUUCCUGGCGACCUUCGCCGUGGCCACCGUGGCGCAGAGCUUCUUGCUAAGCACCUUUUUCUCCCGGGCCAACCUGGCAUCCGCCUGUGGGGGCCUCGCCUACUUCGCGCUCUACCUGCCCUACGUCCUGUGUGUGGCCUGGCGGGACCAGCUGCCCGCGGGCGGCCGCGUGGCCGCGAGCCUGCUGUCGCCCGUGGCUUUCGGCUUCGGCUGCGAGAGCCUGGCGCUGCUGGAGGAGCAGGGCGAGGGCGCGCAGUGGCACAACCUGGGCACCGGGCCCGCGGCCGACGACGUCUUCAGCUUGGGCCAGGUCGCGGGGCUGCUGCUGCUCGACGCCGCGCUCUACGGCCUGGCCACCUGGUACCUGGAGGCCGUGUGCCCAGGCCAGUACGGGAUCCCGGAAGCCUGGAACUUUCCCUUUCGGAGGAGCUACUGGUGUGGGCCCCGUCCCCCCAAGGGCCCGGCCCCCGCCCCUCAGGACCCGGAGGUGCUGGUGGAGGAGGCCCCGCCUGGCCUGGCGCCCGGGGUCUGCGUGCGGGGCCUGGAGAAGCACUUCCCGGGGAGCCCGCAGCCCGCCCUGCAGGGGCUCAGCCUGGACCUCUACCAGGGUCACAUCACCGCCAUCCUGGGCCACAAUGGGGCCGGCAAGACCACCACGCUGUCCAUCCUGAGUGGCCUCUUCCCGCCCACCAGUGGCUCUGCCUUCAUUCUGGGCCAUGACGUCCGGUUGGAGAUGGCGGCCAUCCGGCCCCACCUGGGCGUCUGCCCCCAGUACAACGUGCUGUUCGACAUGCUGACAGUGGAAGAGCACAUCUGGUUCUACGGGCGUUUGAAGGGUCUGAGUUCGGCAGCCGUGGGCCCCGAGCGGGACCGUCUGCUCCAGGAUGUGGGGCUUGUCCCCAAGCGGUGGGCGCAGACGCGUCACCUGUCGGGUGGGAUGCAGAGGAAGCUGUCAGUGGCCAUCGCCUUUGUGGGCGGCUCGCGUGUCAUUAUCCUGGACGAGCCCACGGCUGGCGUGGACCCUGCUGCCCGCCGCGGGAUUUGGGAGCUGCUGCUCAAAUACCGUGCAGGCCGCACACUGAUCCUCUCCACCCACCAUCUGGAUGAGGCGGAGCUCCUGGGGGAUCGCGUGGCCAUGGUGGCAGGUGGCCGCUUGUGCUGCUGUGGCUCCCCGCUCUUCCUGCGCCGUCACCUGGGUUCUGGCUACUACCUGACGCUGGUCAAGGGUCUCCCGCCCCAGGUCACCAGCAGGAAGCGUGCCGCUGACUCAGAACCAGGCAUGGACGCCAGGCAGGAAUGGGAGCCGGGCAGCCAGGGCAGCACGGCCGGUGAGGGCCAGGACGCAGCCCAGCUGCUGGCGUUGACGCGGCGCUGGGUGCCCGGGGCGCAGCUGGUCGAGGAGCUGCCACACGAGCUGGUGCUGGUGCUGCCCUACACGGGCGCCCUGGACGGCAGCUUUGCUGAGCUCUUCUGCGAGCUGGACCAGCAGCUGGCGGGGCUCGGGCUCGCCGGCUACGGGAUCUCGGACACCAGCCUCGAGGAGAUCUUCCUGAAGGUCAUAGAAGAUUGUGGUAUGAACGGAAAUUCUGAGGGUGGUAGCCGUGGGCAGCCCCCGUUCAGGGGUAUUGUUACCCCGGACGAGAGCACACAGUUCAAGAUGCCUCCCAACGAGCCAGCCCUGGAGAAUGGGGAGCCGGCCAGGCUGGCCCUGGAAACAGAGGCCCUGCAGGGCUUGCCGACGGACCCUGCUGGCCGGGUACAGGGCUGGGCACUGACCCGCCAUCAGCUCCAGGCCCUGCUUCGCAAGCGUUUUCUGCUUGCCCGCCGCAGCCGCCGCAGCCUGUUUGCCCAGAUUGUGCUGCCCGCCCUCUUUGUGGGCCUGGCACUGCUGUUCAGCCUCAUCGUGCCACCCUUUGGGCACUACCCGGCUCUGCGGCUCAGUCCCGCCAUGUAUGGUGCCCAGGUGUCCUUUUUCAGUGAGGAUGACCCAGGGGACCCUGAACGUGCCCGCCUGCUCGAGGCGCUGCUGGGGGAGGCUGGACUGGAGACACUGCACCUGCAGAACAGCUCAGGCAGGCCCCCCAAGUGCCCGCAGCCCACCGCCUGCCUGUUCUCGGUGCCCGAGGUUCCCGCGGACGUGGCCAGGGUCUUCACCAGUGGCAACUGGACCCCGGAGUCCCCGUCCCCCGCCUGCCAGUGCAGCCGACCUGGUGCCCGCCGCCUGCUGCCCUACUGUCCAGCCGCAGCUGGUGGCCCCCCACCGCCCCAGGCAGUGACCGUUUCGGGGGAUGUGGUGCAGAACCUGACAGGCCGGAACCUAUCCGACUUCCUGGUCAAGACCUACCCACGCCUCGUGCACCAGGGCCUGAAGACAAAGAAGUGGGUAAAUGAGGUCAGGUAUGGGGGCUUCUCGCUGGGGGGCCGGGACCCAGGCCUGCCCUCGGGGCGAGAGGUGAGCCGCUCAGUGGAGGAGCUGCGGGCGCUGCUGAGCCCCCUGCCCGGCGGGGCCCUCGACCGGGUCCUGAACAACCUUACCCAGUGGGCACUUGGACUGGACACUAAGCACAGCCUCAAGAUCUGGUUCAACAACAAAGGCUGGCAUGCGAUGGUGGCCUUUGUCAACCGAGCCAACAACGCACUCCUACGCACCCGCCUGCCCCCAGGUCCCACCCGCCAUGCCCACAGCAUCACCACUCUCAACCACCCCCUGAACCUCACCAAGGAGCAGCUGUCCAAAGCCACACUGAUGGCCUCCUCUGUGGACGUCCUCGUCUCCAUCUGCGUGGUCUUCGCUAUGUCCUUCAUCCCAGCCAGCUUCACACUUGUCCUCAUCGAGGAGCGUGUCACCCGGGCCAAACACCUGCAGCUCGUGGGGGGCCUGCCUGCUACCCUCUACUGGCUUGGCAAUUUUCUCUGGGACAUGUGUAACUACUUGGUGCCAGUGUGCAUCGUGGUGCUCAUCUUCUUGGCCUUCCAGCAGAGAGCAUACGUGGCCCCUGCCAACUUGCCUGCCCUUCUGUUGCUGCUGCUCCUGUAUGGCUGGUCAAUCACGCCACUCAUGUACCCAGCCUCCUUCUUCUUCUCCGUGCCCAGCACGGCCUAUGUGGUGCUCACCUGUGUCAACCUCUUUAUCGGCAUCAAUGGCAGCAUGGCCACCUUUGUGCUCGAGCUCUUCUCUGACCAGACACUGCAGGAGGUGAGCCGGAUCCUGAAGCGGGUCUUCCUUGUCUUCCCCCACUUCUGCCUGGGCCAGGGGCUCAUUGAUAUGGUGCGGAACCAGGCCAUGGCUGAUGUCUUUGAGCGCUUGGGAGAUGGUCAGUUCCAGUCACCCCUGCGCUGGGAGGUGGUCGGCAAGAACCUCUUGGCCAUGGCAGUACAGGGGCCUGUCUUCCUCCUCUUCACACUUCUGCUACAGCACCGCAAUUGCCUCCUGCCUCGACCCAAGCUGAGGCCACUGCUGCCCCUGGGGGAGGAGGAUGAGGACGUGGCCCACGAACGGGAACGGGUGGUCCGAGGAGACACCCAUGGGGAUGUUCUGGUGCUGAAAGACCUGACCAAGGUGUACCGCGGCCAGAGGAUGCCGGCCGUCGACCGCAUAUGCCUUGGGAUUGCCCCUGGUGAGUGCUUUGGGCUGCUGGGUGUGAACGGAGCAGGGAAAACGUCCACCUUUCGCAUGGUGACGGGGGACGUGCUGCCCAGCGGGGGUGAGGCCGUCCUGGCGGGCCACAGCGUAGCCCGGGAACCGGCCGCCGCCCACCGCCGCAUGGGCUACUGUCCUCAGUCGGACGCGGUCUUCGAGCUGCUCACCGGCCGCGAGCAUCUGGAGCUGUUCGCGCGCCUGCGCGGCGUCCCGGAGGCCCAGGUCGCCCAGACGGCGCGAGCGGGCCUGGAACGCCUGGGGCUCGUGUGCUACGCGGACCGGCCCGCGGGCACCUACAGCGGCGGCAACAAGCGGAAGCUGGCCACGGCGGUGGCGCUGGUCGGGGGUCCGGCCGUUGUCUUCCUGGACGAGCCGACCACCGGCAUGGACCCCGGCGCGCGGCGCUUCCUCUGGAACAGCCUCCUGGCUGUGGUGCGGGAGGGCCACUCCGUGGUGCUCACCUCGCACAGCAUGGAGGAGUGCGAGGCGCUCUGCACGCGCCUGGCCGUCAUGGUGAACGGGCGGUUCCGCUGCCUGGGCAGCGCGCAGUACCUGAAGGGCAGGUUCGGGGCCGGCCACACGCUGACCCUGCGGGUGCCCGCGGCGCGGCCCGAGCCGGCGGCGGCCUUCGUGGCGGCGGCGUUCCCGGGGGCCGAGCUGCGCGAGGUGCACGGCGGCCGCCUGCGCUUCCAGCUGCCCCUGGGCGGGCCCUGCAGCCUGGCGCGCGUCUUCGGCGAGCUGGCGGCGCACGGCGCGGCGCACGGCGUGGAGGACUUCUCCGUGAGCCAGACCACGCUGGAGGAGGUGUUCCUGCACUUCUCCAAGGACCAAGGGAAGGAGGAGGCCGCGGAGGGCGCGCCGGAGGCAGGAGUCGGGGCGGAACUCGCGCGCAGCCCACAGCGCCCCAAACGCAUCAGCCGCUUUCUUGAGGACUCGGGCGUGGCGGAGACUGUGCUCUGAGCCCGCGCCCCGCGGGACCGACGGGCGGGUGGGCGCGGGAAAUAAAGAAGAGGCUGGAGAGGA